AUGUACAUUGUACCGCCCGUCUCUUUGAUUGCGGCCCUUGCUGCCGUCGCGCCGCUCGAGGAAGUCGAGCGAGCCGUUAUCCAGGAAAAGCGCCCCUGA